AUGUUUACGGGUACGCUGCGAUUGAAAGUAUGCGAGGCGAUCGGGCUGCGGCCGACGGACUUCCAGACACGGCACACGAUGACAUUUGGCCGGCUCGGUGAUCAGCUCAUCGAUCCGUACGUGUCGAUAGACGUCGACGAGAAGUUCAUAGAUCGGUCCACCACAAAGCCACGUACCUUCGAUCCGGUGUGGAACGAGAGCUUCAUACACGAGGUGGAGAACGCGAACGUGCUCGGGAUGACAAUCUUCCACGAGGGGCCGAUCACGGACGUGUUUGUGGCCAACACGACAAUACCGUUCGAGGAUCUGGUCACCCGCAACGAGUCGGAACAGCAGGACUUCUGGGUCGAUCUCGAACCGCAGGGCCGGCUGCACGUGAAGAUCGAUCUCCGAUGGACGCAGGACGCCAACAAUGUAGCCUCGCAGAACUCGUGCCGCCGGGCCGUUGUCAAGGAUCAGCCAUUUUUAAAUCGCCGCCGCGGUGCAAUGAGAAGGCGUGUUCAUCAGGUUAACGGUCACAAGUUUAUGGCCACAUUCCUGCGUCAACCAACAUUCUGUUCCCACUGUCGCGAAUUCAUAUGGGGAUUAGGCAAACAGGGCUAUCAGUGUCAAGUGUGCACGUGUGUCGUCCACAAGCGGUGCCAUAGUUCGGUCGUAACGAAAUGUCCAAAGAAAAAGGAUGAGCAAACCAAACCGACACCAACGGAAGCAGCCCAACGGUUCAAUGUAAAUAUGCCACAUAGGUUUUCAGUGCACUCGUUCAAACGGCUGACGUUCUGUGAUCACUGCGGGUCGCUGCUGUACGGUAUUAUCAGACAGGGGCUAAAGUGUGAGGUGUGCAGCAUGAAUAUCCACCGGCGCUGCGAGGGCAACGUGGCGAACAACUGCGGCAUCAACACCAAGCAGCUGGCGGAGCUACUGAACGAGAUGGGCAUCACCAUGGAUAAAACACCACCCCGUAGAUCUAAGGUGGGAAGAAUAGCUACGAGGUGUUAUAUGGGCAGUGACAAUAACCUUACUACCCACGCUUUUCGCACGCAGUACUCUAACCAAACGACUAGUGAUAACCUGUCGAUGUCGGAACGCUCGGACGACAACAGCUCGCUGGACACGCUCUCGACGAAGAGCGGUGCGGAAAGUGAGGUGGCAGCCGGGGCCCAUGCCAUGCACGGGGGGCGUGGCGGUGCCGGUCACACCUCGAAGUCUGGCGGGCCGGCGAUGGGUAUGCUGGUGAAUCUCGGCACCGACGACGAUGGCAAUGCGCGACCGAUGCCCGGCAAGGUGUGCCUGAACGACUUCAACUUCAUCAAGGUGCUGGGCAAGGGUUCGUUCGGCAAGGUGAUGCUGGCGGAGAAGAAGGGCACGGACGAGGUGUACGCGAUCAAGGUGCUGAAGAAGGACGUGAUCCUGCAGGACGACGACGUCGAUUGCACGAUGACGGAGAAACGCAUACUGGCGCUGGCCGCCAAGCAUCCGUUCCUGACCGCGCUCCACUCGUGCUUCCAGACGCCCGACCGGCUGUUCUUCGUGAUGGAGUACGUGAACGGUGGUGAUCUGAUGUUCCAGAUACAGCGCGCGCGAAAGUUCGACGAACCGCGGGCAGCCUUCUACGCCGCGGAGGUGACGCUUGCGUUGCAGUUUCUCCACCGCAACGGUGUCAUCUACCGUGAUCUGAAGCUGGACAAUAUACUGCUCGACGCGGAAGGUCACUGCAAGCUGGCCGACUUUGGCAUGUGCAAGGAGGGCAUCACCGGAGAUAACCUCACGUCGACGUUUUGCGGCACGCCAGAUUACAUAGCGCCCGAGAUACUGCAGGAGCUCGAUUACGGACCGUCGGUCGACUGGUGGGCGCUGGGUGUGCUGAUGUACGAGAUGAUGGCCGGCCAGCCACCGUUCGAGGCGGACAAUGAGGACGAUCUGUUCGAGGCGAUCCUGCGCGACGACGUGCUGUAUCCGGUGUGGCUAUCCCGGGAAGCAGUCUCGAUUCUGAAAGGAUUUAUGACCAAAAAUGCGGCCAAACGGUUAGGCUGCACCGAUGGCGAAAAUCAAAUCCGAAGUCAUCCAUUCUUCAAAGAUAUGGACUGGGAGGCGCUGGAGCAGCGCAAAGUUCGACCACCAUUCCGGCCACGAGUGCGAAGUGCUCGCGACGCACUAAACUUCGACACCGAGUUCACGAAAGAGGAUCCCGUGCUGACGCCGGUGCCGAACGAUAUCAUACGGUGCAUCAAUCAGGACGAGUUUGCCGGCUUUUCGUUCACGAAUCCGGAGUUUGGUCCGGAAAGGAAGCUUGUUUGUUAA